AUGCAAGCCCAAAAUACUAACAUCAGGUACGGUUGCAACGAGGUAUUGCCUCGAAGAUUUGACGAGGUUCAGGCAAUCUACUCGACUAGUAUGCUUGGAGUUUUUAGCGGUGGGCUUGUUUAUGAGUUCACUCAGGAGCCCAACAACUAUGGUCUCGUUGAACUCGACAUAAAUGGAAACGUCAAGUUGUUACCAGAUUUCUUUGCGCUCAAGAGGCAGUUUGAAACUCUUCCGCCAAUUGAUACGGAAUUCAUCCACAAGGCUAUGCGUUUGAAUGCAAAGGAAACCAACUUGAAAGCAAAGGGAAGGUCAAGGUUCACUCAGCUCCAAUGUCAAGACAGCUAUCAAUCCUUAGACAUCAGUCGUGGGCUCCCACCGCCAGUUUUUGAAGUGUCCAAGAAAGUGUAUGUUACACCAGGAAAAUAUGUGCCAUUGACAAGGGACAAGCUCGUUUCACGGUUUGUGGUCACCGACCAUACAGGUGAGGUUUAUAAGCCUGUGAUGGAAGUGAUGCAGAUAGCCGAUAUUAUGCAUGGAAUUGAACCAUACACAAACGGUACGUAUGAAGACGACGCCGAUCAAGGUUAUUUUAGCUAUUACGAUGAUAGCGAUGAGCUGUCGUUCAGUGGACUUGUCGAUAGGUUUCACCAAAUGGCAGAAGGCAUAUCAUCGUGGUACCAAAGCUUGUUUGACUAA